ACCGCCAACUCCUCUCAUAUUCGCCUUCCGAUGUAAAAUACUAGCCGGCCUGCUGGUUCCCAGCGACGCGAUAUCAGCCCAGCUUCGCGAAAUCUGCGCAUUUAGCCGACUCGUGUAGAUUCGGUGUUUUUUUUUCCUCAUUCACCAGUUCUAAAGAACCAACCGGAUUCUCCCAGAGCCGCAGCUAAGAGACCCUUCGCGGCGCGGUCUGUUUUCACUAUGGGCUAUAAACUUUUACAUCGAAAAUGGAGGUCGACGAGGGGCAUGUAUUAUAUGAUGAUUCCAGAGCUGUUGGGAACCGUAGGAGCAUUGGUUGUCACGGCCCUUGCUCAGCCAGACUUAUACCGGACUAAGUUAUGGAAAGCCGGCAGCGAACUGGGCUUCAAUUCGAGCCCUAGCGUUACCCUAUGGGCGUACGCCAACUACGAGCCGUUACCGAAAAUACCGUUCGUGUGGUCGCAAACAUUGACUGAUUUCAACGUCGCCAUAUCCGUUCUCAGUCUAUUCCUCCUCCUCACAAAGCUCAUCGCGUUUAUUAUGCACGUCUGGUACCCAAUUCUUGCGUUGGCCGUCAAUAUCGCACUUCUGGCGCUCUACGCGACGAGUAUAGCCGGUCAGGCGGGAUCAGACUAUCUCGACCCAGACCACCCAAGCCCGAUAGCCUGGUAUAUCGCCAAGCCAUGUACCGUAGCUGCGAAUCAGACUAUACAGGGCUACUGCAAGUUGGCGAAGGGUUCUUUCGCCGUAGCGUGCAUCAUGCUCGGUAUCUACGCUAUUAAUCUGGGUAUGAACAUUUGGGCCAUGCUGCCAAACCCGAAAAACGACCUGAAGGACGACGAGGACGAAGAGACAUCUUCGCCUGCUGCCCUAAAAAGAGGAGCUAAUUGGGAGAUGCAUGGUAUUCCGCCGACGCCCAGGACAGGCACGCUCCCGUAUACGCCGCGAACGAUGGCUUUUAACACGCUCGAGAGCAAAAUUCCGCUACGACGUCAGUAUUCAUAAGGACCGUGUUCCGGUUCUAGGGGGGAAGGAAUAUUCAAAAGGCACGGGCAUAGAUUCAACCGUGCGUCGAAUAAGUGAUGGACUUCUCAUCCUGCUCUGGAAGCGGAUGUUAUUAGAAGAUACCCGUACGACUUCCGUCGAUAAUUUGAAAACGGGGCGGCGUAUUUAAGGCUUGCCCUAUACAUAGAAAAUUAAUUCCAAGAUAUGUUUGGGGGUGAGAAAUGAUGUAGAUUUACCAGGUUGGGGCGGAAUGAUACCAUACGAAGGGAAGAAAGGGAGGCUGUAUAACCCCCUUUUCCCCGGCAGUGUACAAUACACGAUCCUACGCGAUCUAUCUCUUGACUUUUCUUCUAUCGACGUCAAGAGCUUUUCUAGGUAGUCUGAAAAUUCAACGAUCAUCGUAAACGCGUCGUGUGCCCCCCUCUGACCUCAUCCAUAGGCGGUUGCAGUGUUACUACCUUGUGUUGUUACGUACCCCCCGGUGGGAGGUAGUACUCUGAAGUAGAUGUGGAGAUGGGCGUAAUGUAUACUCCUCGUAUGAGUUUCGGGGGUAAAAUAUGCGACCUGCAUCGUGUAUUUAUCCCUCAUUCAUUAUCUACAU